AUGUGCAAACCCGCCACUUGCGAUACGUGCCACAAGGCAACCUGGUGGGGCUGCGGCAACCACGUCCCCAUGGUCAUGGACAAGGUCUCAGAAAGCGAUCGCUGCACCUGCGAUCCGAAGGUCGAGAAGGGCGGAAAGAUGUACCCGCCGAUGGGCAAGAAGGCGGAUUGA